CUCCUCCUCCUCCUCCUCCUGCCUGGCGAGAGUCGUCCGUCUGCCUGCAUUCAUCUGAACAGCAGUGAGGACAGACGGGAAACUUACACUGUAGUGGAACUGCCUGUGUGUGUGUGUGUGUGUGUGUGUGUGUGUGUGUGUCAGCGCUUCAGUGCCUUUAGUGUUCCCCCAAGCCCUCCACUCUGUGUGUGUGCAAUGAUGUGUGGUAGAGUCAAGGUGGAAAGCUAAGAGGAAGACGGGACCCGAUCAAGUCAGCAAAAGUGAGCCCGGCUGCUGCGUAUGUGUGUGUGUCAGUCCAGCACGUGAGACUGUGUGUGUGCGUGUGUGUGAGGGGCUAGUGUUGACCAGGCUAUGAGUGCGUCUCAGAGGGAGAGGCCGGCGUUGGAUGCUGAGUUGAGCUAAGGGAGCAGAAGAGGAGAAUCUGUAAGAGGAGCAGCCAUGGGGCUCGGACAGUCCAGCAAGGUUCCGGUCACCGAGGACACAGACGAGGUGAAUUUCGACCACUUCCAGAUCCUGAGGGCAAUAGGAAAAGGAAGCUUUGGAAAAGUCUGCAUUGUACAGAAGAAGGACACUAAGAAGAUGUACGCCAUGAAGUACAUGAACAAGCUGAAAUGUGUGGAACGGAACGAAGUGAGGAAUGUCUUGAAAGAGCUGCAGAUAAUGCAGAACCUGGAACAUCCUUUCCUGGUCAACUUCUGGUAUUCCUUCCAGGAUGAGGAGGACAUGUUUAUGGUGGUGGACCUGCUCUUGGGAGGAGACCUGCGCUAUCACCUCCAGCAGAACGUCCAUUUCUCAGAGAGCACUGUCAAACUGUACGUCUGUGAAUUGGCCCUUGCCCUGGGAUACCUCCGCAGCAAGCGUAUCAUACACAGAGACAUCAAACCUGACAACAUACUACUGGAUGAACACGGGCACGUCCAUCUAACAGACUUCAACAUCGCAGCCAUUGUAAAAGAAGAUCUAAAGGCAACGUCCAUUGCUGGGACCAAGCCAUACAUGGCUCCUGAGCUGUUCCAAACCUUCGAGGGGUCCCACCCUGGCUACUCCUUCUCGGUCGACUGGUGGUCGCUGGGCAUCACAGCCUAUGAGCUACUAAGAGGACAGAGACCGUAUGUGAUGAGAUCCAGUACACCGGCUAACGAGAUCCUUCAGACCUUCCACAAGGUCCAUCCCAGCUACCCAGCAGCCUGGUCUUUGGAGAUGAAGUCUCUACUUAGAAAGUUGCUGUGCAUAGAUGUCCAGAAGCGCAUUUCCUGUCUAGCAGAGCUCCAGGAUCUGGACUACAUGUCAGAUGUCAACUGGGACGCUGUGCUCAGCAAACAGCUUCCUCCAGGCUUUAUUCCCAAUAGGCGAAGACUAAACUGUGACCCCACGUUUGAGCUGGAGGAAAUGAUCCUGGAGUCCAAACCGCUUCACAAGAAGAAGAAAAGGCUUGCUAGAAAAACCAAGGAGCAAGGAUCUGAUGGGUCCCCACAGAACGGCCAGUUGCAGCAAAGAUUGGAUAAUGUCCAGAGAGACUUCAUUGUCUUCAACAGAGAAAAGUCAAAGAAAGCAUCGGUGGACUCAGACUCCUCUGAGCUGUCCAUAACUGAGAAGAACAAGGCAAUAGAGGAUGGACAGAACAACAAUGUUGAACCGGCUGCCUACUUAUCUGGAUAGGUCUGAUGACCAGAGAUCCCUAGGUAGUCCCUUACCACUUGCACCUGCCCACAGCUUGUAGAUCAGCAAUUUACACCCUAUUGUUCUAUCAGUACAGGCACUCAGAUCUGGUCUUCAAUGUUCCUGCACCACUACGUCGUCUAUACAAACACAACUGCGGUAUGCACUUGUGCUUCACUGUUCACCCACAUAAACCAAAUCAAGAGCUCAAGAAGUGCAGGAGAGAAAUGGACUCCCAGAGCAGCAGCCAUGUCAGCCAGACCCAGGCUUUUCGCUUUCCUGUCACCAAGAAGAAUGACUCUCAGCAGAGUGUCACUCAUAUCAUGCUCCCUUACAUCACUCUGGUGCUCUAAGGUCUGCUCAACCUUUACUCCGGGCAGUGUGCUGAAGUGAAACGGAAGUCACUCCCCUGCCAAAAAAGGAGACAAUGCCACACCUGCUCAGCUGUUACAGGAAAUAAAGUCUGACGUGAUCAGCUAUGGCUGGAAGCUGUACGCACUGCUGCUGUCUUGGGCGGAACACUCAGAUUUUUAAUCUCAGCGAUGCAUUUUCUGGUUAAUUACAGUUAUUUAAAUGACAAUGGUUCUCCAGUACUAUAUGGAAAUAGACUUAACGAGGAUUGGCAUGAGGAGUUAGGUUGGCAGUAGUGAAAUACAAAGACUUGGGUGGAUGGCUUUGUCCCAUGUGGUCUACAAGACUUGAGAUUCGAGCAUGAAACUAAGAGUACGACACAUUAAAAUGGAGAGGUUAAUUAGGUAAAAUGAGGCCUUUGUUUUUAAGACAGCAACCGCAGAUUUUUCUAAGAUAGGAAAUGAAGAGAUGAACUGUAGGCUUGAGCAUGAAUGGCUCACUUUAUCAUAGCAGCAGAUACAGUACAUGGUUAUAGUGGUCAUUAUGCUUAGCUUUGCUAGUCAAGCUAACAAAGAUAGUACGAUUGCAACAUUUGGUGAAUAUGCCCCAGCUCCAUCAGCUGCAGAUAGAGUCUUUAAGUUAUUAUUCAGUCAACACAGAAAUCUGAAAUACAGAUGACAAACUCUGGUUUUAAGGUUAACCUUUAAGGUCCAUUCUUGACCUUGGAGGUUUAAGUUAAGAUGCUUCGUCAAGGCUACCAGGUGUUGUUGAAGCUUUGGGCACAAUAAGUACGAGGACCUUCUAAUGAAAGUUUUUUGUCAAACUGGUUUAACGUGCAUUAAAGCACUGACAUUUCAGACUAACCUUUGCCUCAAUCUGCAACUGACCAGCUGGGUCUCCACAUAAAGCUUUAUAGCUAUGAAAACGUAGACAAAGGUAGAUGGUAGAUGUUAAAUGUUCUGCACUGAACCUGCUUUGCACAUGCUUCUUCAUCAACUGUAGCAUUUAUGCACAGAGAGACAAAAAAUAAUAACUUAAAGCUGUGAGUGACUAUUUAUUCCCUUAGGGAUGGUUUUAUAGACAAGGAUUAAGCUGAGUCCUAGAUAAGAUUUAUUUUUCAUUCAGUUACUGUCUGCAAUGAAAUUUGUUUUUGUCAAGUAAUUUUUUUAUGUCCUUCCUCUUUUGUGUUGAGUACAACCAAUUACACGUGCCACCGGAUAAGUCUGUAAAUCUGUAUUUGCAAUUAAAUGCUCUCAUAGAAGAAUACAUUCUGCAACAACAUGCUUGUGCAGAUGGUAUUUAAUAGUAAUUCAGUACCAGCUGGAUAACACAGGGGAGAAAAAAGUUAUUAAUAUUGAUUUGCACAUACAACCCUAAUUCCAAAAAGUUGGGAUGCUAUGUAAAAUGUACAUAGAAACAGAAUUCAAUGAUUUGCAGGUCAUUUUCGACAAACAGUAGGGGAAAUAUGUAUUCUAUUCAAGGCCUCAAUUUUCUUUUACAUUAAACAAAAUUUCCAAUGCAGCUAUUGACAUGAAAUAUAGAUCAAAUUGUUAACUUUUCAAUCCACAAAAAUUAAGUGCAAUAAAGUUAAAUGACAAAGGAAAAAUGUAUUAAACAGGCUAACUUAAAUUUCAAGACGGGCUUCAAGACACUUCCUGUAUGAAGAAAUUAAUCCCUCACAGUGUUUAGGUGGGAUUGUGGCCCAUUCUUCCACACAGAAAGUCUUUAAAUCUUGAAGAUUUUUGGGGAGGCACGUUAGAUCUUGAGAAAGACAUUUCACUUUUAGAACUUUAAAAAUGAUUGUCCUAGGUUUCUCAAUGCUUACUAAGGGGCUGUCCACACCAGCGCGGGUAUUUAUAAAACCGUGACUCUUUGCUCACUGUUUGGCCUUUCAUCCACACGUAACUGCAGUU